AUGACAUUAUUAUACGAUGCUCAACAGUUUACACUCUAUGCUGGUUACUUUCUGCUGAUCGCCGGCGUCAUUGGGAAUGGAAUUAAUAUUUUCAUCUUUCUAAAAAAACGAGUAUAUCGUACAAAUCCAUGUACGUUCUAUUUUCUUCUUGGUUCAAUGGUUAAUAUCUUUUAUAUAUUACUUAACCUUAGCAUUCGUAUUCUAACAAUUGGUUAUAAUGUUAAUGUAGUUGGAACAUCAACUGCCUGGUGUAAAAUACGACAAUAUCUUCUUGUUAUUCCUUCUAUACUGUCUAUAACACUCUCCUGCUUGGCUACCAUUGAUCAAUUUUUAAUUACAUCAAAAAGUGCCUACUUGCGAAAAUGUAGUCAGAUUCAAUAUGCUCAUCGAAUUUCUCUUGUAGCCCUUUUGAUCUGGUGUUUGCAUGGAAUUCCUAUUUUACUAUUCUAUCAAGUUUCGCCAAUUACAAAAACUUGUAUCGAUACAAAUGCUGACUUUGCAAUUUAUGCAUUAAUAUACGUCAUCGGUAUUGCCUGCACAAUACCAGUUUCAAUUAUGAUCGUCUUCGGGUGGUUAACUUAUCGGAAUAUUCAUCAAACGAGAAAUCUGACUGAAUUACACAUCGAUCGACAAUUAAUAAGAAUGACGCUGAUUCAUAUAGUAUUGGUUACUGUUAGUUUAUUCCCGUUUGGUGUUUAUAAUAUCUACGACUUGAUUACAAGUACCACUCCCAAAGGUUAUGAUCGGCAGUUAAAAGAAUAUCUCGCUUCUUCAGUUCUUAGUAUGGCGACAUACCUGUACUAUGUUGGAAGUUGCUAUACGUUUCUGGUUGCAUCGAAGCGUUUUCGUCAAACAGUUAAAGAUCAAUUCCUUUCGAAGCGAAUACAUAAUGAAGUAACACCAUUUUGA